AUGGACGACGACGCGGCGCACAUGGCGUUCAGCGGCCCCCCCUCCAAUGACAUGGCUGCCAUGGCGCUCAAUCUCGAUAACCUCCUCCCCAUGGACAUGUCUCUGUCGCACGGCUUGGACUCCUUUACCAUGACCUUCCACGACGACUCAUGCCUCGACCACAACAGUUUCAACCAUUGCAAUAUCGCCGCAAAGAGCCAGACAUCUAACCACAAGGCCCUCGCCAUGGGCCAGCGUAGCCUCUCGCAGACACACUCUCGCCAACGACACAGCAUCUCCAACCCGAUACCUGUUCACAAUGCUUCCUUGGCCGAGCAGAACCAGCAGCAAACUUUUCCAUCGCCGUGGGAUGCCAUCUUCACCCACACCCUGCUCCAGAACAACGUGCCUUGCCCCGGCUUCGAUGUCUGCCACGACAACGACUGCGAAGCCUCCUGCAACUCGGACUGCGAAGGCAGCUGUCCUAGCCAGUGCGACAGCAAAGAACACGGCGUCUGCUGCGAAGACGAUGCUUGUGUUCCUCCUGAUCUUUGUGUUGACGAGGACUGCAAAGCUCCGUCAGUGCCCUGCUCCCAAUCGGCUUGUCCCAUCUCCGACACUGAAGCCGCCGCCGCUGCCGCCCUCACUUCAUUCGGAGACAAGGGCGGUACUGUCACCACGCCUCUCACUACAUCGCACACUGUCCCUCCAACCCCCAGCAUGGCUGAUGCCGGCUAUCUAGACCUACCUACUGUUCCCUGCUCGUCUCUGUCCCUGGACAACUCCUUCGGCAACAUGCCCGCCUUUUCUGGUCAAAUGUGGGAUAUUGCCCCCGAGUUUAUUCUCGCCAACCACAUUAUGCAGUACCAUGACCCGACACAUCAAGACAAUCACAUGCACUCGUGUAUAGCCGACAAGCCCAGCUCCCUCAUGCAAAUGUGCUCUUUGCCAAAGCAUACCUCAACUCCCGACGGUAUCAGCCCACACGGUGUCGAUGCCAUUUGCGGUUUCCAGAUCCAAGACCCCUAUGACUUUGCGCAGCACAUCUUCCAGCAGCAUCGUCCUGCCCUCAUGGCCAAUGGAAACAGCUUCCACAAGACGCUGCAGAAUGCGACCUCACACCACAUGCUUGACGAUCACCAUCACCAUCACAACCACUUCUCUUCCACCACCUCUCCCUCUACAAACCUCUCCCUCGCCACCUCUCUCUCCCCUACGCCCGCCUCUCUACCCACCCCUUCCACCAUUGAAGGCACAAACUACUUUGCCGACGUGACGAGCGCUGUCGCUGAAGGCACUCCCUCGGUCUCGCCAGAAGACCAAAAUAUUUGCCGUUGGCUAAUGUCCGACGGCAUGGGUGGUCAAAAAAUCUGCGGCCAGAGGUGCAGCAACCACAAGUCGCUGCAAGACCACUGCAAGUCCGACCACCUGAAGCAGAUCAAAAAGGAUCAUGCCGGCUUCUACUGCCAAUGGCAAGGCUGCACAAGACACACCACAUUUAGUCAACGCAGUAAGCUGGAGCGCCACAUGCAAGUCCACACUGGAUACAAACCUGUUCAAUGCCAUAUUUGCGGUGCAUCGCUGUCUGCCAAGCAGUCUCUCGAGCAGCACAUGCGCACACACACUGGCGAGAAGCCUUGGAUUUGCUCCUUUGAUGGCUGUAACCAGUCCUUCAAGCAACAGAGUGCGUUGACAAUGCACGAGCGUACGCACACUGGCGCGAAGCCUUUGCAAUGUGACAUUUGCGGCAAAAAGUUUGGUGAAUCCUCCAAUCUUUCCAAGCAUCGUCGCAUCCACAACAUUCGCGGCUCCCACGUCUGCGAAAUCUGCGGCAAGGACUUUCACAGACUUGACCAGCUUCGCCGACACAUGGGCACCAACCACAAGGACAAGCCGGAAGAGGUCAGCAAGAUUCUCAGUCGCGUCAAGACUGGUAGGAUAUCCAAGCCCAUCGCCUCGGUCAUGUCCAGCGACGGCCUUGGUGACUUUGAGCACCCUGACAUGAUGCAGGCCGUCUAA